AUGGCAUCCCAGUCUGAUACAACGCUGGAUAAGUCAUCUAUCCUCACGGCCGUCUAUCAAUCACCCCGCACAUCCCAAGAUACAGCCGCGCCACCUGCACACGUCUUCGCGCAACAGCUCUCUGCCUCUGUAUCCCCAUCUGGAGAACACAGCCCUGCGAAACGAACGGCAUACCUAGCUGAACUUCGGGGCUCUAUAAUAUCGCUGCAGGCCGAUGUGAAUGCCUUUCUCACCGAAAAGAUGGAGGAUGACAAACGUCGCGAGGCCCAAGAGAGCGGGGGGGUCGCUGCAGCUGAUGAGAAAAAGGAAGAAGAUAAUUAUGGCGAGGAAGUUGUCAAUGAUGAAGAUGAAUGA